AUGCUUAGCUUAGAGAAAGCGGAGGCUUGUGCUAGCUGUUAGCUACAUAAUUAGCUCGUGUUUUUUGUCUAGCAAAGCAAAAUUUCUAAAAUACUAACGUGAAUAAUAAUAACAUUCAUGGCCUAAAUAAUCGCACAGGCACACUUAGUAACGACUAAAAGAAAACGGGUCCCCUACAACAGCCAAAGCAGCGUAGCUCGGCUAAGUGUUUACCCACACGCAGGUUAGCAUUGUUUAGAAACUACAGCCAUGACUCUGGCAGUCGAUCGCGAACCCAGAAAGACUGCGGGGAACCGCAUGUCAAAAUUACUGGAUGCUGAAGAAGAGGACGAGUUCUACAAGACCACGUAUGGCGGUUUUAACGACGAAUCAGGAGACGAUGAAUACCACGGAGAGCACUCAGACACAGAGGAUGAGGUGGACAGCGACUUUGACAUCGAUGAAGGCGACGAGCCAGACAGUGACCAGGAGGAGGACGCCCCUCGCAGGAAAAGUCGGGUUGUCACCAAAGCUUAUAAGGAACCUAUAAAGGUGGCAAAACCCAAACCCAAAAGACCCUCUGAGGAGCAGAAGAAGACCGAAAAAGCCAAAGUGGAGCUUAAAAGGAGGAUUCCACAAGAAUUCCAAGAUUUUGGCGAGACUCGGAAGUCUGUGCGACAGUCCACCAGCGAACACACACGGAAGACCAAUCUGCGCUUGCAGGAGCGUCAGGACGCCCCUCGGAGGCGAAGAGGCGCCCACCGUGACCGGCCUCUCACCCAGGAAGAGCUGCUGGCUGAGGCGAAAAUCACUGCGGAGAUUAAUAUUCGAUCUUUAGAAAACUACGAGCGCCUGGAGGCUGACAAGAAGAAACAAGUCCACAAAAAGCGGCGUUUUGAGGGACCGACCAUCCGUUACCAUUCGGUCCUCAUGCCCCUCGUCUCCCAUUCAGUGCUUAAAGAAGAAAACGUCGAUGUUGAGGGGUUGGAUCAGGAUGUUCCUCAGACCGCACCGCAAAAUCCCACCACGCCCGCCCAGCAGCCCGCCGGAGGCCUGUGCUCCAGGACUUACAUAACGUUCAGCGACGACGAAGCCUUCGAGGUGGCUUUCCCGCGCAGCGCCCAGCCGAGCCCCCAGCUCCCCGUCCAGGAGGUUUGUCCCGUCACCCACAAGGCCGCUCUGUACCGAGACCCGGUCACGGACAUACCUUACGCCAACACGCGAGCCUUCCGCAUCAUCCGGGAGGCGUACCGCAAAUACGUGGCCGCUCACGGGUUUCCCAACACUUCGGGUGGGGGGGCGGGACUCGACUCCUCGGCGACGAAGGGCGCCCGCCAGAAAAUGGUCGUCAAGCAGAGUGCGGUGUCCACAUAGAUAGGGGAGUCACAGAAUGGUGGAUGUUUCUGUUUUCUUUUUAAUUCUUUGUUAAGAUCGAGUGACUGGAAAAAACCCACAACCUACGAAACUCUCUUCAUUUUUGUUUCCAUCCGAACUGUUUUUUCGUCACCAGGAAUCUACAAAAAAAAUAAAAAUCACAGACAUUGGGGACUGAGCAGUGGCUGCAAACUUGUGCUGCAGGUGUCGAAGCAAUUAAAAGAAAUAUACGUUGAAUUAGAAGAACUACAACAACUCCAACCCUUAAACUGCAAAAAAUUCUAACUUGUGAAGCCUUUUUGUAUGAAAGUUAAAUCAGUAUGUUUUGUGGUUGAGUGAAUGAAGACUUCCGACUUGCCUUUGGAAUUCAAAAUAGGUUUGAAUAUGAACACUGGCAGCUUUGUUUUUGUUACUUUUAAUGACUUUUUCUUGCAUUUAUUUUCUACAAAUGUACAUAUUUCUGCAACAA